AUGAGGCCAACGUUGUAUAGUGCUCUGGUGGGCCUAGCAUGGCUCGAAGGUGUCCUGGGAGUGUUUCCCCCUACGGGGCAGAUGCCUCCAAUGAGUCUGACCGAGGUUGAGAUGGCUCAACUCCUUGACCCUGAGGUCAGCCUCGUUGGAAAUGGGACCUUUACCGUGCCGAUUGAUCAUAAGAACCCGUCGUUGGGGUCGUUCUCCUUGUCGUAUUGGUACAAUGCUACAAAUUGGGAAGGGCCUGGGUCUCCGAUUAUUCUAUUCACCCCGGGAGAGUCCGCUGCUGCGCCGUACACAGGUUACCUGACGGAACGUACUCUGCCUGGAAUGAUCGGGAAAGCAGUGGGCGGCGCAACCAUCUUAGUGGAGCACCGAUAUUGGGGAACUUCUAACCCUUACCCAAAUCAGACGACAGCCCAUCUGCAGUACCUGACGCUGCAGCAAGCUGUGGACGAUUUUGUACAAUUCGCUCUGAACGUUUCUUUGCCAUUUGAUACUAGCGGGCAAACGAAUGCUGAGCAUGCUCCCUGGGUAUGGGUCGGCGGAUCUUAUUCUGGAGCCUUGGCAGCUUGGGUUGAUAAGCUAUCCCCAGGAACCUUUUGGGCUUACCACUCGACAAGUGGCCCGGUCCAGGCCGUCUAUGACUUUUGGGAGUAUUACUACCCCAUCCAGCAGGGCAUGCCAAAGAACUGUAGUGUCGACUACGAAGCUAUUAUCGACCACGUGGACAACGUCUUCGUGAAUGGCUCGGACGAAGACAAGAUUGCGCUCAAGAAGAUGUUUGCUCUCGAGGACUUGGAGCAUGAUGACGAUGCUGCUGUCGCUAUCUCCUCCCCAAUCUGGGCCUGGCAGAGCAUCCAACUUUACUCUGGCUAUUCAACAUUUUACCAAAUGUGCGAUGCCAUAGAAGGGGGCGCACAGACCGAGACUGGUGUUGGUUUGAGUCAGGCACUGCCCAACUUCGCUGCUUGGUUUACUUCAGCUUAUUUACCUGGCUACUGCGACUCGUAUGGCUACAAAGACUGGUCCGGGGAGAACAACGUGCAAUGCUUUGAUUCGUACAAUACAUCGAUGGAAGUCUUCCGAGAUUGGACGGCAGAUAGCGCUGUCGACCGGCCAUGGAUCUGGAUGACGUGCAACGAACCGUUCUUCUACUGGCAAACCGGUGCGCCAAAGAACAUACCAACUGUGAUGACGCGUCUCGCUACGGCCGAGUACUACCAACGUCAGUGCAGCUUGUGGUUUCCGCGUGAAGGGCGCUACACAUUCGCCAGCAACCGCGGAGUUACAGAGGAUUACGUGAACAAGCGGACUGAUGGCUGGUACAACACGCACACAAGCCGUCUCUUUUACGCUAAUGGCGAAUUUGACCCUUGGCGGUCUGCUUCUGUGGUCUCCGAAUUCCGACCCGGCGGCCUUUUCAACGGCACCGCAGACGUUCCCUCCAUCAUCAUCGAGGGAAGCCGUCACUGCAAUGACCUUUUGCUAAACAAUGCGGUCCAUCCUCCGAUUGCGGCUGCCCAGGCUGCUGAGAUAGCCCAGUUCACGGAAUGGGUCAACGAGUUCUACGAAAUGAAGGCGCAAAGGCAAUGA